AUGCUAUUCAUUCGAAGGCUAUUGCAUAAGCUCAAGAAUCAUUCUAAACAGGCAGUAACUCAUAAAGUCGAGGCUGCCGAUGAUCCCAUCAAGAGGGAAGCACAAACUCCGAAUGGAAAUAGGAGACAAUCUGAGGGAGAUGUUGACGGAGAUGGAUCUGAAGAUGGCGAGAAGCUCGAACAUCAAGGUAGAGCAAUACCACCAGCCUGUAGUGGAAUUGACAAUAAUCCUAAUCCACCUCCUUUCAGCGGGAUAGGCGAAGCGUCCCACGCCGUCUCUCACGCUCAACUCGGCUCAUCACAUCAUCAGGGAGAAGGCAAUUCUUGGCCUUCAUUCUCUGGAGUAGGUGAUGAUUUAAACAAACAUGGAGAAGGGCAUGGUACCCGUAGUCAUGACCAAUCGAGUACCGGAGGAGGAAUGAAUAGUUCCACGAUGGGUGGCGGAGGUAUGAGCAGUUCAAUGGGAGGAGGGGUUAUGAUGUGA